CCUAGGACACUCUAUUAUUGACUACAUACAAACAUGUAUUUCGACAUAGCACGUCUUGGAUUACAUAUUCUCUAGCACAACUUCGCAGAAAAAAGCAAUACUGACCCUAAGAUGACGGACUUGUCGGAUUCGGACAGGGUGGAGUACUCGUCAUGACCAGUCAAGUCACCCGGAAGAAGCCAUUGAUCCGGGCCCCUCCAAUAUGGAAGAAGCGAAUGUGUCAGUGUCGGCAGGCGGUGUUCCUGUGUUUCGGCAUCCCCCUUCUUCCCCCAUCAGCCGUGCUCCUGGGGUUCGCCUUCAUGACGCAACCAAGUAUCGGUGUCUUCCAUAUCUGUGGGUUUGUGCUCAUAUUCGUGUCGUUGGUGUGCAUCACCACAGCAAUAGUGAUGAGCCGGCUCCAUAGACUCGCUCCCUCCACCCACAUCAACAAAGUGCACAAGUCUGAUCCAGAGGGACCCGUGCUCACCAUACCCAGGCCGCCGAGACCACCGUCAUCCUCAUCUGUGUCUUCCGGACACGGAAACAGUGGUGGGAAAUUACGCAUGGUCAAACUAUCAUCGUCUUCCUUAGUAGCGGAAUCAGAACUACCUUACCGCCCCAGGAAGAAGCGGAAGCGGAAACACAAUGAAAAGUCCAAGACUAUUCUUCCGCCGGUGAAAGAGGAGGAUGGGCGCGCCCGCUUCGAGCAGACCCUCCAGGACAGGGAGAGGGACGGGACCAGGAAGAUGCACAAACGGACUAAGUCUGAAAGUAGGAAAGGUUUUGAGGAAUGUAUGCCACAAGCAGCACCACCUAAACUAGCAUUGACUAAAAAACAUUUACGAAUGUUGGGUCUGUAUGACAACCAGGGUUCUGAGGAGAAUCUCCAGAUGAAAAGGUCGCUGUCGAUGUCUGAUAUAGGAGACUCGGCCUCGGAGCGUCUUAGUGUUGAUUUCCCUGACACACCUUCGGGCGGCAGGAGGGACCCGCCGGACACUGGCAGCGUUACAGCCCGCCCUGUCUUGGUGCACACAACGGCCUCCAGAAUAGGUGUCAGGGCCUCUCGAUUUGCGUCAGUGUUAUGAUAAAACGUAAAUCUCGAAAUCAGGACACAACUAGUUACAUGUACACAGCUUGCUGGUGGCUAUGGUGGCUGUCGGUUUGUUUUUGGUGUCAAGUUGGUGAAACGUGGGCUACCAGUACACUACGAUAUAAUGCUCCCUGUGACACAGAUAUCAUGCAGCUCCUGUACCUUGACAGCGAGGGGACACAUAUAGACACAGAUAUCAUACAGCUCCUGCACCUAGACAACCAGGGGACACACAGACACAGAUAUCAUGCAGCUCCUGUACCUAGACAACCAGGGGACACAUGGACACAGACAUCAUACAGCUCCUGCACCUAGACAACCAGGGGACACAUGGACACAGAUAUCAUACAGCUCCUGCACCUAGACAACCAGGGGACACAUGGACACAGACAUCAUACAGCUCCUGCACCUAGACAACCAGCGGACACAUAGACACAGACAUCAUACAGCUCUUGUACCUAGACAACCAGGGGACACAUGGACACAGACAUCAUACAGCUCCUGCACCUAGACAACCAGCGGACACAUAGACACAGACAUCAUACAGCUCCUGUACCUAGACAACCAGGGGACUCAUAUAGACACAGAUAUCAUACAGCUCCUGCACCUUGACAACCAGCGGACACAUAGACACAGACAUCAUACAGCUCCUGCACCUAGACAACCAGCGGACACAUAGACACAGACAUCAUACAUCUCCUGCACCUUGACAAC